AUGGCUUCUAAUUCAAACUGUGGUGCUAUUACAACACGCAGCAUGACUAACAUAUGGCUGAUUGGACAGUUACAAAGUGAACUUCCAGUAAAUGUAUUGCCUACAACAGGUGAUGUCCUGAGAAUGUUUUUUUAUUAUCAUCAAGUAGAAAAGAAAACUGUGCCUGAAAGUGCAAAACUGUCGUCAGAUAAGGUCAUGGACAUGUGGAACAAGGCUAGAAUACCAACAACCUACCAUACUCAUGUUGUAGAAAAAGUAAAAUCGGUAGUUGAUGACUACAAGCUAAUAAAAAAGAACAAAAACAGACAAAGUGAAGCACAACGAGCACGAGAGAAGGAAUUUGAAGAAAAGGAGCACAUGCUGUUUGAUAUUGCUCACCAACACGCCAUGCAGCUCAUCCGAAUUCAGGAAGAUAUAGAAUUUCUUGAAGACCAGAAGGGCAGUCGACGAAUGCAAAUGAGUGGCAUUGAUAAAGACCUAACCAAGAAAGAAGAGCGCACAGAACAACGUAAAUGCAAAGAAGAAGAGAGAAAAGAGCGAGAGCAUGAUAGUGAACAGCAGGACACAGAGGACAACUAUGAAAUUGAAAUUCCAGUGUACUACAAAAAGCAGAUCAGUGAAGUAGAAGACAGUCUGUCAAGCAGUGCCAGCAAAAAAACACGAACUAUGCAGGAUAUGUUGUCGUCGCCAGAUGUUGCUUCAGCACUGGAUAGAAUAAACCUGUCAGAUAGAAAGUUCACAGUAUUAGCAGCAGCCAUUGCACAAGCUAGUGGGCAAGACAUCAGGGAUACAUCUCUGUCACGUUCCACAGUUCAUCGUAAACGACAGCAACAUCGAUCAACCAUUGACAGCAGUAUUCGUCAACAAUUUCAGGAUCGUGACAGAAAUCCCCUUCUGGUUCACUGGGAUGGGAAGAUCAUGAAUGAUGAUCCACACUCCAGAACUGAUAGACUGGCUGUUGUUGUGACUGGCUGUAAUGUGGAGAAAAUCUUAGGAAUUGUUAAAAUUGCAUCAAGCACGGGACAAGCACAGGCCAAUGCAACUUUUCAGUUGCUCAAAUUAUGGGACGUUAGUGAAGACAUUAUAGGCAUGUGCUUUGAUACUACUGCUGCCAAUACUGGGACGUCAAGUGGAGCAUCACUGACCAAUAUUCGCUUAUAUGCUAAAUAUGGUGAAAAACUGAAUGUCAUUGAGCAACCUCUAAAUAUUGUCAGAAUUGAAUGA